CAACCGCUGCCACCGCCUCCACCCACUGCAAAACCCCCACCAACCGUCAUAUAUACUGUAUGCAUAUAGAAGCAUAGCCGGGAACCCCAAAGUAACUGUUUCCUCACGAUCACUACGACCACCUUCGAUAUAGACUCCUACUCGCCGAAAUGGCCGCCGCGUCGGAAAAUGCUGGGCUGUCGCAAGACGAGCUGGACGAAAACUACGAACGACAGAAGGAAGAGCUUACUGCACUCGAGGCAAUUUACGCCGACGAUUUCACACUCCAGGAUACAUCACCUGGCAAGGUCGAAGGAACGAUACAGGCGCGGGUCGAGCUGGAUGGGGAUACCAGCAUAAUAGUGCACGGGUUUACCGGAGAUGCCUCGUCAGAAACACUUAAGCCGGUCUCGGAAGAUGAGGACUCCCCCACCGUCACAGUGGACGUCCGUUUCCUGCCACCCAUCGCACUUCACUUCACGCAUCCGCUAACGUACCCAUCCCACUCGCCACCCACCUUCGAGCUCGAAUGCCGAUGGAUAACCGCCGAACAACGCCAAAUACUCACCGACGCACUUUCCCGGAUAUGGGAAGAGGAACGGGAUGUCUGUCUGUACAGUUUCGUAGAAUACCUGAUCAGAGACGGUUUACACGCUUCAGGCGUUUUCCGGCCCGGACACGACGCAAUACACAUCUCCUGCCCCUCAGGCAGUCUGCGACCCUCCGAGCUAGCGGAUUGGAUAGUCGAUCAGGACCAUAAACGAUCCCAGUGGGAAUUUGAACAAUCUUCGUUUGACUGCGGGGUUUGUUUGUCGACGAAACCGGGAAAAGACUGUUUUAGAUUCACACGGGGGUGUAAACAUGUGUUCUGUAGAGAGUGUCUGCUAGACUACUUCUCGAUGCUGAUAAAGGAGGGCACGGCUCUGUUGGUGGGGUGUCCGCAACCGGCGUGCGUCAAGAAGCGGAAGCAAGCAGACGAGCCACAUCGGAUCGAAGGAGGAGGAGAUGCACCCGACCCAUCGGUCACGUCGCCGACAUCUCUCCCGACACCACCACCACCAAACCCGACCUACCCCACCCCUCAAGUCUCCCUCCCCGACCUCCAAUCCCUCCUCCCCCCCACCCUCUACACCCGCUACACAACCCUCCUCGAAUCGCACACCCUCUCCCUCCGCCGCGACGUCACGAACUGCCCCCGCCCAACCUGCCAACACCCCGUCAUCCGCGACCCACACUCGGAAAAACUCUGCAUAUGCACCCAAUGCCGAUUCGCCUUCUGUUUCUACUGCAACCGAUGCUGGCACGGCGCGGCGCAGUUCUGCAUGCCGAACCAUAUCGAGGUCCUCGUCUCGCAGUACACAUUGGCUCUGGAGUCCAACAACACCAACAAGAUCCGAGAACUCGAAGUCCGCUACGGCCGCAAGACGCUAGAACGACUCACGCGGGAGUGGCUCGCGGAAGCCGAAACGCGGAGAUGGAAGGAAGAGUUCACGCAAUCGUGCCCGAACUGCUCGCUGGCCGUGGAGAAAUCCGAGGGGUGCAACCACAUGACGUGUAACAUCUGCCGCACGCAUUUCUGCUACGUGUGUGGGGUCAAGUUGAACGCGUUCAACCCGUACGCGCAUUUCAAUGACCCGGCGUCGAGGUGUUUCCGGGCGCUGUUUGAUCGCGCGGAAGGUGGGGCGGGGUUGGGGGAGUGGGAGCAGGAUGCGGGGGAGGAGGAGGGGGAGUGGUUUCCCGAGGAGGUGGUGGUUAGGAUGGCGUUGGAGGAGAUGGGCGCGUGAAGGAAGAUGCGGGGUUUGGAUGCGAUGUGGCAUGUCAGACGGCGUUUGUGCAGGAACAGUAUAGGUUUUGAGGUAGCUCACAUUCUUAUUUGUAUAUAGAUCGGGGCGGGUUUGCCCCCAACAUGUGUCAACAGAAGUAUAUCCUCGAUCAACGGGGAAGCUAUAAACUGGGACACUAUUUUUCGUGAGAUUUCUAGUGUAGUGGUGGGUAACGAUCGCAGUUCGAGAGAACGAAAGAGUGGGUUGGAAGACGCGAGGCAGGGUGGGGUCACGUGGUUUGUAAUGGAGCAAUUAGUCCGGACGGGAUGGAUAACUGCCUGAUUGCUUCGGAGUUCUCUUUCCUUUCUUUGCAUCUUUACGCAUUUUCCCACGCCGUAGACAUUCGAAC